AUGGAACCAAACCGUUUCUUUGAACCUUAUUCAAAAAAACACAUUUUAUUUCUCCUCAAUUACCAAGCACUACAGCCAAUUCUUAACACUAUCUCAGCACAAGUUAUUUAUUCUCAACCUUACCCAACCCCUUUAGAAAUUCAAGCUGUAUCACCAAUAUCAGAAUUAUUAAUUAAACACGUUUCAUAUGUGAUUGUUCAGCACCCUAAUAUUCAUCAAGCAUUAAUACAAUUAGUACCUUCAGUUUAUAGUGACGAAACUUAUUUCUGGGCUCGUUAUUUUAAAUUAUUAUUUUUAAAAUCAAAUAAACUUGGAGAGUAUUCAACAUUUAUUAGAUUGAGAAGUACAGAUUUUACUCCUCAAUUACAACAUUUAAUGUAUCUUAAAAGAUCAUUAUUAAAAGAAGAAAUAAAUGAUUGGGGAAGAGUUCCACUUGAAAGUGGAAUAACAUUUUUAGCAAAUGUAAGUAAUUGUUAUGAAAUAUUAUUAGUAAACUCAACAUUAGCAAAAGACCUUAUUAAUAUAUUUAUCUUAAAGAAGAAUGAAAGUGUUGAUAUUCAUUCUUUUAGAAGGUCUUGGUUAAUCAAAAAUUCUGAUGAAUUCAUUUCAGUUAAAAUUAAUCAAAUUAUUCGUUGUUUAUAUGGAAUUAAAUCUAUUCAAUUUCAAUUUAUUGAUUCUUUAAUAAAAAUAUUAUUAGAAGCAUUUGAAUUUGAAAGAACAUAUUUAAUUAUUCAAUCAUUCUUAAUUAAAAUAUUAUACAAAGGAAUAUAUCCAUUUAAUUCAUUUCAAUUCGAUUAUUUAAUAUUAUCAUUAAAUGAUCUUGUAAAACAGAAUUUACCAAAUUAUAUUAUAAAAUUAGAAGAAAAUGGAAUUGAGUCAAUGACAAUUUUUAAUGACUUACUUAAACAAAUGUUAUUACCUAUUACAAUUCAUCUUCCAACAGAUAAAAAAAUGUUACUCUUAGGAAGUAUUUUAAUUUAUGGAUAUCCUUUAGUACUAAACAUUAUUUUAAUAACACUACAACUUUGUGAUCAUCCACCAUUAGAUGUUGAUGAUUUUAAUGAUUUUAUUUAUACUUUUACAAGAGAAUUUGAUCAUAUUUUAACACGUGCUUGGUUAAAUGAUGUUCCACAACAUCUUCAAUAUCAUUAUUUUGUUUCUUAUAGAACAGAAGAGGAAUACCCUUUAUUUUUUGAUUCAGUUCCACAAACACAUCUUCUUCAAAGUAUUACUCCAUCAAUUCUUCCAAAUGACUUCUUAUCUAUUGAAGAAGCUCGUUUGUUAAAUUCUUUUCUACCAACAAGAAUAGGGAUUAUAGAUUUAGAAGUUAUUUUCUCUACAACAGUGAAUGGGUUUUCUUUGACUAACUUAUAUUAUCAGUCUAUGUCUAGAAAUCCACUUAUUUUAUUAAUCAAAGCAAAAGGAAAAAUUUUUGGAGCAUAUAUGAAUGACUCUAUUAUUAUAUCAUCAAAAUAUUAUGGAAAUGGUGAGACAUUUCUCUUCUCUUUAAACCCACCAAUAAAAUACCCAGCAACAAUGAAAAAUACUUAUUUUAUUCAAACUGACCCUGCAAGAUUCGUUUUUGGAGGUGGAAAUGGAAUGGCUGGUCUUUCUUUGGAUAAAGAUUUACAUUGCUUUAAUUCUAGAGUCGAUACUUUUGAUAAUAACUUAUUCACAAAUUCUUCUUCAUUUCUUAUUGACAGGUUAGAAAUAUGGACUCCCACAUUACCAGUGUCAGUCCCAACUUCUUUAAAUACUAGUGUGUCAUCUAGUUGUUCUUCUUCAAUAAGGGUGUCAUUAGAUAUAUGA